AUGUGUGGGUGUGGCACCAUUGAUGAAACAAUCAGUGACGGCUCAUUCAGCCGCCUCACUUUUGAUAUGAUGCUUGCUUGGGAGAUGCCAAGCUCCUCAGAUGAAGAAUCUCACUCUGGGUGUGUGGCGAAAGAGAGAGAGGAGAGGAAGGUUCCCUCAGUUAUCAACCAACUACAAGAUGAUGUUUCUCUUUUCUAUACAGAUCUCAUGCCACUCCUAGUUGAUCGAGAGCCAAGUGCUGGAGAGGAUGCAUUUGUAUGGCUAGGGAAACAUGUUCCUUUGGUUGUAGACGUAGUCAAUGGAAGAUUUACUUAUGAGACAUUGACUGCUGCUACAGCUAAUCGCCUUCAUUUUCCAGCAUACGACAUUUUCUUGAAAGAGAUCCAGAGAUGUAUAAAGCAUUUACAGAAGCAAGACACUCCAACGGGUGUGGAGCUAGCAGACUAUGAAUUUAUAUUGCACGUCGAGGGAACUGCAAGUUCCGACAGGGUGGUGCGCCAUAUUGGGGGAACAAGUUGGCCAGGCAGGUUGACACUGACAAACUAUGCACUCUACUUUGAGGCCUCGGGAAUCGUGUCAUACGAAGAUGCAGUAAAACUCGAUCUUUCAAAAGACCUUCAGCAGAGUGUAAAACCUACAGCUACCGGUCCUUGGGGUGCUCCCCUUUUCGACAAAGCAAUAGUUUAUGAAUCUUCUGAAUUGAAAGAGGGCGUCGUCUUAGAGUUCCCUGAGAUGACAAGCUCGACAAGACGCGACCAUUGGCUUGCUCUCGUGGAGGAGAUCAUGCUUCUGCACCAGUUUCUGCUCAAGUUCAAGGUGAAUUCGGAAGAACAAGCAUGGGAACUGCACGCGAGGACUAUAUUAGGGAUCACUCGACUUCACGCAGCACGAGAAAUGCUCAGAAUUUCACCUCCGGAACCAAAGAGCUUCUUAAUAUUUUCCUUACUGGAUGAGCUUCCAAAGGGGGAUUACAUACUGCAGGAGCUCUCCGACAGUCUGAAAGCAACCACUGGUGGAAAUCCAUGCAGCGCCAGUUCAAUUCUCAUGAAUUUGAAUGUCGCUCGAUCCUGCAUCCCUUGCCUAGAGCCGAACCAGAUCACUAGUGACAGUGGUAUGGUGCAGCCAGAAAAUCUGUCAUUACUGGAGAACGCUAUAAACCAAUCGAGAGAGGAAGCCAAAGAAGUUGACGUGGCCAAAGCUUCAGCUGAGGUUCUAAAAGAGGAAGGAAUCAGUGAAAGUUCCAUGGUUCUUUUGGGUCUGCUUACUCCAUUUAGAAGUUUAAUCACCCGGGGCCAACAAGUUCUGCAAUGGGAGCGGCCUUUGAUCACUGCCACUCUGAGAAUGGGUCGGCCCUGCUAUAUCCGCGUUAUUGUUGUGGAUGGUCUCGAAGAUGAUACAGACAACGAUGGAGAGUAUAGUAACUGCACAACAGGGACUAAGAACCGUGCACGAGACAAUGAAGCAGAUAAAUAUAACAAUGCUCAAAAUCUGGUCAAUACUGACCUCAGAAGCUCCAAAGUGUAUAGUGCUGUGAUGACAUCAAAAAUUGGGAGGUCCGUGCAGAAUGACCAAAGCAAUCGGCGAAUGAGGGAAUGGUGGGACUCCAUUCCGAUCAUCCCUGUUGAGUUCACAGACAAUGAAGCUUCAGCAACGAUCUGA